AUGAGAGAUCCGCAUUACUACCUUCGGGAAGUAGAUGCGAGAGCCUUUGUAAAGGCUAAGAGCGAAGACGUCGAGGAACAAGGAAGGAAGCCGCCUGAAGAACUCCCGAAGCGACUUCCAGACUUCUCGAAGAUGGGGAAAAGCCAGAAGAAGACUGAUAAAGUGACCGAUGAGACGAAGGAGACCGCUGAGAUGAUGAGGAAGAAUCCUGCCCCAGCCACUUCCUCCGAGACCGCCGAGAAUGUCUCAGCCUCUACCUCCACCUCCAUCCCGGCCGGCGCCAGCCAACCGAGACCAGCGAAGCCGAAACUGCCUGCAGACGGGCUGCCAACCUUGGAGCCCUGGAUGAAGCAGACGGUCGUGCUGCAGCUGAAAGAGGUGAACGGAAGAGUCCCUGACAUGACCUCGGAGAUCUUCGGAAAGAAGAUGAUUCUGGAGCAGGGCUUCAGCAAAGCGGAGACGCUUUCGGUGCAGUCCUUCGCAAGAGGGAUCUUCUACAUCACCUUUGGGUCUUUCCAAGUCUGCAGACGAUACUGGGAGAUGGUGAAGACCAGUGGCCCUGAAUCCCCUUUUCGGAAGUUCGUUGCGAACUGCCCUAUAACACAGGACGAGAAGUGGGUGACGGUUGCCAUGCGGAAUCCCCACACCCAAAGCAGAGACAUAACCACCUACCUACAGAGGUUUUGCACCGUGGUAAAGGACCCAGUCCGAAUCCUUGAUGUCAACGGCUUCUGGAUUGGGAAGUGGUCUGUGCUAUGCAAGCUCAGGAAAGACCGUUCGGGGGACUUACAGCACCUGCAGGCGUGCUUCUCGCUAGGAUCAUCUGCAGGACACCUUUUCUACUCUGGGAUACCCUACAACUGCAACAGAUGUGGCCGUCCCGGACACAUGGGAAAGGAGUGUACAGAACUUGCUUGCAAGAUCUGUCGGGUUACAGGCCACGAGACCAAGGACUGUCCUAGGCCCAAAGCCUGCAACCUCUGCGGAUUGCCAGAGCACACCUUCAGGCACUGCCCCCAAAGAACCCGGACCUAUGCUGGAGCCCUGAUCCAGGGUAAACCAGCCUCCAGCUCUGGGAAGAAGCCGACCGAAAGCAAACCAAAAGAGCCUCGGAAGGCCACAGAGCUAUUCGCCCAAAGCAUCAGACGGAACCCAGAGAUCAGAGGGAUUACCGCACCAGGACCGGAAAGACGGGAGGUCAAGUGCUCGCUCUACAUGGAUGACGUGACGGUGUUCUGUGCCGAUCAGCGCUCCAUCGACACACUCGUCCAGACGUGCGAGGACUUCGGCCAAGCAUCGGGGGCAAAGGUCAACUGCGGGAAGUCGGAAGUCAUGCUCUUCGGAAAAUGGUUCCUGCCUUCUUCUGCACCCAUACCGUUCAGCCUCAAAGCGGAUUUCAUCAAAAUUCUUGGAGUCUGGUUUGGAGCGGAGGGCGCAGCCCUGAAGUCCUGGGAGGAAAGACUGGCAAAGAUGAGACAGAAGUUUGGACUUUGGAGCAACAGAGUACUUACCAUCGAAGGGAAAACACUGGUACUCCGCAGCGAGAUUCUCCCUGUGUUGCAGUACCUCGCCCAGGCCUGGCCCCCCGGGACAACACCUGCAAGGCCAUCACCAGGGCGGUGUUUCACUUCAUCUGGGGCUCCAAAAUGGACAGAGUAA